AUGGAUAUCCGCCACCUCGGGGGAAGCGGGUUACUGUUACUAUGUUCUUUGGCCUUGAGCAUUUCCACACUUCCGCCGAUCCCAUCAGCUGUCUAUAGGCACCUCAGCAACUGGUGGAUGCGCGAGGAUCGAACGAGCCUGUCUGGCAUUGCUGAUAAAGCCUGCGAAAGACUCCUGCCGCAGCAGCCAAAACAGAAAUUUUUAGAAAACAAAUCACCAAUUCAAAAUACAGCAGUGAGCCAUCAAACAGCAAGCCCUAUAGCGGCGACAGAAAGUCCUGACCAAUUUUCACCACUGCCCGAAAGUGAAAAACUUGCAACUACAUCUAUCCAGACAAACUGCUCUCAACACGCGAACGAGAAGGGCAGGACAACUGCCCAAGGCUAUCCCGUUUCACAUAAGGGCAAUUUACCUGUUGGCGAGUGGAAUUAUGCUAACUAG